AUGCUCGGAGGCGUGGUUGCUUGCGGCCCAACCCACACACUUGUGACGCCGCUCGACCUGGUCAAGACGCGCCGUCAAGUCGACCCCAACUUAUACACCUCGAACUUCAAAGCAUGGCGCAGCAUCUUCGCCAACGAAGGCUUCCGCGGCGUUUUCUUCGGCUGGACGCCGACGCUGGUCGGCUACAGCUUCCAAGGUCUGGGCAAGUACGGCUUCUACGAGAUCUUCAAGCACGAGUACGGCGACAACCUGUUCCCCCACACCAACCGCACUUUGGUCUACCUCGGCGCCAGCGCGAGUGCUGAAUUCAUCGCCGAUUUGUUCCUGUGUCCGAUGGAGGCCAUCAAGGUGCGCAUGCAGACGACACUGCCGCCGUUCGCGAAGACUUUGCGUGAGGGUUGGUCCAAGGUGGUUGAGAAAGAAGGCAUUGCAGGCUUGUAUAAGGGUAUCGCUCCCCUCUGGGGCCGUCAGAUUCCCUACACCAUGUGCAAGUUCGCCACGUUCGAAGAGACCGUCAACUACAUCUACAGGAAGCUUGGAAAGCCGAAGGAAAGCUUCAACAAACUGCAGCAGACUGGCGUCAGCUUUUUGGGCGGCUACAUUGCCGGCAUCGCCUGCGCCGUGGUCAGUCAUCCCGCCGACGUCAUGGUCAGCAAGUUGAACUCGGACAGAAAAGCUGGCGAAUCCGCCGGUAAGGCUAUGAGCCGCAUCUACAGCAACAUCGGAUUCGUAGGUCUCUGGAAUGGGCUUCCCGUGAGAAUCGUCAUGAUCGGAACACUGACCGCCUUCCAAUGGCUCAUCUACGAUUCCUUCAAAGUCUGGCUCGGAUUGCCCACAACUGGCGGCCAUUAG